AUAUCAAAAAGCGAAUUUCAUUAGCAUUUUCCCACACAGAUACCCCUUUGUGUACAUUUCUUCGUGAAAUUGGUAUUUAUUUGGUUUUAUUGCGCAGUCCACAUUGAUCAAACAUCAUGCCUGAGCUAGCCGAAGUCUCACGUAUCGUUCAUUUCAUACGCCAGCACCUUGUCGGAAAGACCCUUACCAAGGUAUCUACGCAGAAUGAUGACAUUGUCUACGGUAAAGCAGGAACCAGUGCUUCGGAAUUCCAGAAAGCAAUGGAUGGAAAAAAGAUCGUUGGUGCAGGACAGCAAGGCAAAUACUUUUGGAUAGCUAUGUCGACGCCGCCGCAUGUUGUAAUGCACUUUGGCAUGGCAGGCUGGCUGAAGAUCCGAGAUGCUGACACGUACUACUACCGGACUGACAAGCCGCAAGACAAGGAAUGGCCCCCAAAGUACUGGAAGUUCUUGCUGGAAACAGACGAGGACCCAAAGACAGAGGCUGCAUUCGUUGACUUCCGCAGACUAUCUAGGAUAAGGCUGGUGGAUUGUCCUGCAGAACAGAUUCGAAAGCAUAGCCCUCUCAAAGAGAACGGCCCAGAUCCGGUUGCGGACAAAGACACGGUGACAGAAGACUGGCUUGCCGGCAAGCUAAGGAACAAGAGGCUUCCCAUAAAGGCCUUGCUUUUGGAUCAGGCGAACAUAAGCGGGAUCGGUAACUGGAUGGGGGACGAGAUUUUGUACCAUGCGAGAAUCCACCCGGAGCAGUACAGCAAUACCUUGAACGACGAUCAGAUUAAAGAACUCCACUCGGCCAUGCAUUACGUCUGCUCGACCUCUGUGGAUUUGCUGGCAGACUCUGAUAAGUUUCCAGAAGACUGGUUGUUCAAAUACCGAUGGUCGAAAGGGAAGAAAAAUGCCUCGCCUACUCUACCGAAUGGUGAAAAGAUCACCUUCCUGACUGUCGGUGGCAGGACAAGCGCCGUGGUCCCAAGUGUGCAGAAGAAGACCGGUGCUGUAGCGAAGGACAUCAAAAGCGAGGAAGAUGAUGCCACACAAAAAGUGCCUAAACGAAAGCGAGGGACAGUGAUCAAUGCUGAAAGUGAUGCAGAGGCAAGCGAGGAAGAACCGAAACCAAAGAAAUCAGGGUCGAAAAACCAAACUCAGCCGACUAAGAAAGCUGCCGAUGAGAAGAAACCCGAACUAGACAAUGAAGCGUCUACGGGAAGAAGGCGCUCAACUCGGCUCAAGAAGUAAACCCUUCGAACUGCCUACCCUUUACUGUUUCUCAGACCUUUGAUAUUUGGAAUUUGUACGUUACAUCUAAACCU